CCAUUAGUUGUAUUAAACGGGUUCAGAAAGAGUGAGACCGGUGAACCUCUCGUCGAACAAAUUUCUGAGCACGGCCAAAAUAUAAAAAUUGAUCCGCUUGAUACGUUCUGGAUACAAUGCGACUGUUGUGAAAAGUGGUUCCAUGGAAAUUGUGUGGGUGUUGAAGAGUACGAAGAUGUUCUUAUUGAAAAGUUUCACUGUGCGUCUUGUGCGAGUAUGCAUGGACCGACUAUAAUGAAAAACAUUCUUUUGCGUCAUCGAUUUGCUUUCGACGAUCCGCUUCAAACUGAGCUUCCUCCUGAGGUCGGCACUGAGGUGUGGAUUAAGAAAUUCGUCGAGACUGAAGCGGAUAUCCCAGCACCAAGCGAAAACCAUGCUAUUGUAUGCGAGAAUGGGUUUGAGUUUAUGGAUCGUUUUAAUCGUAGAGAAGUCUGGAAGCAGAUUUACUUGAUAAAGCAGGCUCGUGGCCUAGAGUUAAGAGUGCCCGAUAAGGAAGAGAACUUCACUUUAAGCUCAAUCGUCGACAUUUUCGGUACGACUUUGCGUAAUAGCUCUGUAAGUUUAGGGCGCUCUUACAAAGUGGAUACCAUUGAUGUGUACCGUCAGGUUACCCAUAGCAUGUCGAUUGGUGCAUUUUAUGACAAAAUGAUCAGCAAGGAACGUCCUCGGCUCUACAAUAUUCUCAGUUUGGAGUUCAGUCAAAAUGAAACGUAA